AUGAUGGCGACGAAGCUUCAGAAAUGGCGGAAUCUGUCAGGUCGUCUAGAUCUGAUUUCUCGGAUCGACGCUAAAUCGACGAGACGGUUCGUUCACGAAGGUCCAGACACAAUGGAGGAGCUAUUCGAUAGACAUCUGGCGAAGAAAGAGAAACCACGAGUCGUCGUCGACGACGACGAGGCCGAGUUUCUCAACAGGCGCCGUCUGACGAGCACGCGCAGGGAGGCGCUGAGUCUGUACAGAGACAUAUUCCGAGCGACUCGGUUCUUCAUGUGGACCGAUUCAGGAGGACUCCUUUGGAGAGACGUGCUUAGAGAGAACGCUAGGAAAGAGUUCGAGGCUGCUCGAUUCGAGACGGAUCCGGAGGUUAUCACUCGGCUGCUCAUCGGUGGAAGCGACGCCGUUUCUUCUGCUUUGGAUAAGCUCGCGGGAGGCCGAGUUUCUCAACAGGCGCCGUCUGACGAGCACGCGCAGGGAGGCGCUGAAGAGAACGCUAGGAAAGAGUUCGAGGCUGCUCGAUUCGAGACGGAUCCGGAGGUUAUCACUCGGCUGCUCAUCGGUGGAAGCGACGCCGUUUCUUCUGCUUUGGAUAAGCUCGCGGAGAAGCAAAAGGAUAUGAUCGAGAAAAAUCGUCGAAGCGAUCAUUAG